GACUUUGUUAAGUAGAGCAACAGCUUCCUCACCAAAUAUUCAAUUUGCGAAAAUGUCGAACAACGAAACCAACCAACUUCUGCAGCGCCUGGUUGGCCUCAAUAUUGUGGAAACCCCCAAGGAGAAAACCGAGCUUGGAAAGCGAGAGUGCUAUUCACUGGACAGCAAGAACUACAAAAUGGUGCCCGCCACCCCCAGCAGCGGUGGACUCGGGAAGUUUCAAACCGAUCUCAAGAAACGGCGCAAGAACAAACUCAACCGAGUCUACGCCUACGAGGCGGAUAAGAACUUUAUCAAGGCUCGGAAAUCCUUGAAUUUCUAAUCAUGUACUCAUAUUUUUUCCGAUGUAAUCAAUUUAGACCUAAGCAACUCAGAUUUCAAAUCGAAUACGCCUUGUAAUUGUCCUAGCUCCGAUACAAUAAAAUAUAUACCUAUAUUUCAAAUAUUAUUUCAAA